AUGAAUCCUGCAGGCUGCCCGCGGCAGAACCUGGUGGCAGAGGCCGUUUUGAGCGGCUCCACAGCGCAGGAAGCCAACGGGGAGGAAAAGCCCCGGAGAUGCCGCACGAGGAGGGGCUGCAAACGCAGCUGGCGGGGAUCUGAGGGGGAAAGAGCCAGCCUGGGCCGGGAAGGCGGCUGGAGGUGGAGCCAGAGCUCGGAGCUGGUGCUCCGUGAGCAGGUUCAUGAUGGGGAGAAGCCCCACACGUGCGUGGAGUGUGGGAAGAGCUUCAGGUGGAAGUCCCAGCUCAUCAAGCACCAGUGGACCCACACUGGGGAGAGGCCCUACGAGUGUUCCAAGUGUGGGAAGGGGUUUAAGAUCAAGUCCCAUCUCCUCCGGCACUAUCACAUUCACAGAGAGGAGAGGCCCUUCCAAUGCCCUGAGUGUGGGAAGGGAUUCAAGCACAGCUCUACCCUUGUCAAGCACCGGCGCAUCCACACUGGGGAGAGGCUCUACGAGUGUGAUAAAUGCAGCAAGAGGUUUCAGACCAGCUCCAAUCUCCUCCUGCACCAGCGCAAGCACACAGAGGAGAGGCCCUUCCGCUGCCCUGAGUGUGGGAAGGGAUUCCAGCGCAACUGCACGCUCGUCAGGCACCGGCGCAUCCACACUGGGGAGAGGCCCUACGAGUGUCCCCAGUGUGGGAAGAGCUUCUCCAGGAACUCUACCUUGACCCGACACCAACGGAGGCGCCACUAAGGGAAGCCCUGUGAGUGCCCCGAGUGUGGAAGAGCUUCGUGCCCUGCUCCAGCUCCAUCCCCCACUGGAGGAGGCACUUUGGGCACAGCCCUGGUCACUCACAUUCCCUGUGAUCCAUGUUGGGAACACACCUGGCAGCUUCUAAUUUUGGUUUGUCCUUAAUUUCUUUCUAUACUCAAUGUCUUUGCAAUCCAAAAGCCAGUAUUGAUACCUCUGUCACCUCAAAACCACUCACAUCCCACU